UUCAUGACGUCACAGCCAGGGGUGGUCGCUCGGCUUUUCGGCUGGUUGUACUUGAAGCGCGUAGAUAGGACUUGGGAGUUUGGCAAAAAAUGAAUCUGUGGAGGAGCUACAGACUAUUAUCCCGUCUUGGACCUACCAAGCAAUUAUUACAACAGGGAUUACCUUGUAGCACUGUUAUUUCAAGGAAUCAAUCGACACAGAGCCAGUCGUUGAGCCUGAAAACCACACUUGAGAAAAUUAUCCCAGAAAAACAACAAGAAGUAUUAUCCUUUAGAAAAGAGCAUGGAAACAAAAAGCUUGGGGAAUACACCAUCGAUCAGGCUUAUGGAGGUAUGAGAGGUAUCAAGGGCUUAGUCACUGAAACCUCACUGCUGGAUCCAGAAGAGGGAAUUGAGUUCCGUGGGUAUUCAAUCCCUCAGUGUCAAGAGCUUUUGCCAAAGGCAGAUGGCGGCAAGGAGCCCUUACCUGAAGGCAUUUUCUGGUUGUUGAUGACUGGAGAAAUUCCCACCAAACAACAGGUGGACAACUUGUCCAAAGAAUGGGCAGCAAAGGCAGACCUUCCCCAACAUGUGGUCCAAAUGCUGAACAACUUCCCUGACACCCUGCAUCCCAUGAGUCAGUUCAGUGCUGCUAUUACUGCCAUGAACACAGAAAGCAAGUUUGUACAGGCCUAUAACAAAGGUGUCAACAAGAAGGAGUACUGGAUGUAUUGCUUUGAUGAUGCCAUGGAGCUAAUUGCCAAGCUUCCCACCCUUGCCGCAUACAUAUACCGUAACCUUUACAAGGACGGUAAGGUUGCCCCUGUUGAUCCCAACAAGGACUGGUCUGCAAAUCUUGCAACGAUGCUUGGUUUUGAAGAUGCAAUGUUCACUGAGCUACUGCGUCUCUACCUGACCAUUCACACAGAUCACGAGGGUGGUAACGUUAGUGCUCACACCACCCAUUUGGUUGGUAGUGCUUUAUCAGAUGCAUACCUGUCUUUUGCUGCUGGUAUGAAUGGUCUGGCCGGCCCUCUUCAUGGCCUUGCUAAUCAGGAAGUGCUUGUCUGGUUGACCAAACUCAGCGAGGAGCUCGGUCCCGACCCAUCUGACAAGAAAGUCAGAGAUUUUAUCUGGAACACCCUCCAAUCAGGGCAAGUCGUUCCUGGUUAUGGGCAUGCAGUCCUGCGCAAAACAGACCCUCGUUAUACCUGCCAGAGGGAGUUUGCCCUCGAGCACCUACCUAAUGACCCCCUCUUUAAGCUGGUCAGUCAGUUGUACAAGAUUGUCCCUGAUGUCCUUCUAGAACAAGGCAAGGCCAAGAACCCAUGGCCCAAUGUGGAUGCCCACAGCGGCGUUCUGCUUCAGUACUAUGGGUUGACUGAGAUGAACUACUACACCGUCCUGUUUGGUGUAUCAAGAGCUUUAGGUGUCCUCGCCUCCCUAGUCUGGGACCGUGCCCUUGGUUUGCCAAUCGAGAGACCGAAAAGCGUGACCACAGAGCUGCUAAUAAAGCAAUUCAAUGCCUAGAAUUGCUGUAAACAAUCUAGUUUGUGUUUGAACUCCUGCAGCCUCUAACUCGAUAAUUUAAUAUUCUUGUAAAUGAAUCCUGCAAGCAGGGGGAAUAAAGUUUUAUAUAUCCAGAUUAACAAAACAAGUAACAAACAUUAUUUUGUGCAAUGUAGCAAGGCAUAUAGUUCUCGGUUCAGAAUUAACAACUUCAUAUUUUUAGCACAAACUUUACUACGAAGUUUCCUAGCAUUUUAAAGAAAAUACUUAGAUGUCUGGUUUAUUUUUCCGUAUAAAAAGAAGUGAGAAUACGAAUAAUUUGAAUAUUACUAAGCUCUGUAAUAAACCUGCCCUUCCAUACCUUGGAGGGAAACUUAA